AUGCAUCCCGAAUUGAAGAAUACCUGGACACCCGCAGUCAAUGUCUUGACCUGGUUUAUGCUGGUGACGGCUAUUCUGAGUGUCUUGACCCGGCUGGGGACAAAAUAUUUCUUCUUUCGCAAGUUUACCUUCGAUGAUGGACUUGCCGCAUCAUCGAUCGUCUUUUGUACCGCGGAGUCUAUAGCGGUGUCUAUGGCGACUGCGAAUGGCCUCGGUCAGCACUACAAAAUGCUGGCUGAGACUAAGGUGGACAAUAUGAUGAAGUCUGAGUUCGCCGCCAUCAUCCUGUUCAUUGCCAGCAUUUGUUGUUCCAAACUGUCGCUGUUGGUAUUUAUUCGCAACCUGACACCGGCGUCCUUGGACCGUCGCUUUGCUCUUGUGCUGGGAAUUUUGAUUGGACUCUGGGCCAUCACUGGCAUUAUUACGGCUUCGUUUCAGUGUCACCUACCGCGGACGUGGGACUAUAUAAAUGGGAGUUGCUUUGAUCGGACCGCAUGGUGGAACUAUCUAGGUAUUACAAACAUUUUAUCAGAAGCUGGAAUCAUUGCUCAAGCCUUACUGGUCAUCAUUCGCAUCCAGACAGACUUCCGCAGAAAGGCUAGUCUUUUUAGUGUUUUUUUUCUUCGAAUUGUUGUCAUUGUCGCGAUUAUUUGCCAACUUGUCUACGCCAGCAAGUCAUUCUCGUCGACGGACCCAUCGUUCGAUACCUGGACUGUCGCCGUCUCUACACAAAUGGCCCAAGCAUUGAGUAUUGUGACGGCGUGCUCCCCACAGUUCAAGCCUUUCCUGGACAAUCUACGGUCAUCGGGGAUGAGUCUUGAAAUGUCGAGCUCUAAUGGCUAUGGUAGCAAGCACAAGACCUACGGCAUGACUACAUUCAAAGGCACCCGCCGGAUCCAAGACACUCGAAGCGAGACCCACGAGCUGGUCUCCAUACCACGCGAAGGAACCAACCACACUUUAGUCACCUCAGCACCGGACGACGACGCCGAAAGCCAGUCGAGCCUGUCUAACAUUAUCGUGGAGACCCGGACCUGGACUGUGACAGAGGGGCUACAACAAUGA